GACCUGGUCCCUACCACCAAGAACACAGACACAGAGGCUCACCCAGAGUUGGCAAAAACUAACACUGGCAGUAUAGACUCUGACUCAGAGAUCAAGAAAACUAGUGUGAAAAUUCCUCUCUCCAAGAAGCCUAAGGAGGAGGUAGGGCCCAAAGAAGAGGUAGGGUCCAAAGAAGAGGUAGGGCCAAAUACUGACUGCCUAUAACUAAUAGCCUGUAACUCUAAAAAAUUCUAGUCCAUGUAAUUGUAAUGUAUAUUUUAUUUGAUAAAAUGUUUAAGAUUUCAACGGGAGUUGGAUAUAAGAAUAUACAUUUUGCCUAGCUCCAUCUGAAAAUGUUCUUAACUUUUGCCGAUCUUUUAUAACAUAUAACUGGUGUGUAGUAGCUAGGUAUGAUUGGUGUGGAGGGGGUGGUUCGCUAGGGCGGCACUUUUUUAAUUUAAAUUGAAGGGGGGCAUUUGACCCGCCCCGGUGGAACGAACCUUAGCUGCGCCACUGCUUAAGAGAUAAUAAAAACAAAUAAUUGCAAACAAAGCUAAAUGUAAAAUAGGAUGUUCAAUUGAUUUCCUCUACUCUAUACAAUCCCCUGACUUGAUUUUAUAGUUGGACGACCUUCUCAAGACUGACUCCCUGGACACCGCCUUGACAGCAGAUGAAGAGGCUCUCCUCAUGUCCUCCUACCACUACACCGGUGCCACGACAAACAUCCACCCUUAUCUUUCUGCCAUGGUCAAUUAUGCUCAGCCAGUCAAAUUCCAAGGUUUUGAUGUAGCCGAAGGUAAGGCUUUAAAUAUGCUCAAAGAAAUUUUUUAUCUUUAAGUGCUCACAUUCAAGGUGGUUUUCUAAUACAUUCCCAUUCAGAAUUUCUUCAUAUAAAUCGGUUUUACUGACAAAUCACUUUUUUGUCUUCUGUAGACCUGGUUCCUACGACCAGAUAAUUAUAAAGAUGAGAUAAGAAAUCUCCUGCUUAAUCUCAGAUAUGCAAAAAUCAAUGAAUGAACUUAUUUUUGAAAAGGGCUCUUAGUCCUCUACACAACAGACGAUUCAAUUUGUGCUCAAAAACCAUAUCUUGAAUGUGAUAUACAUAUAAUAUAUGCAGAAAUAUAGGUUUUUGGUUUCAGGGAUUUUAUACAUCCUGUAUUGUUUUUAUAGCAGACACAUAUAUACGACCAAUUGACUUUUAUUGGGAUGAAGUUUUAUUAUCACUUACACACCCGGGUGCUUGUGGUCAAACAUGUAUCAAUCAGUUAAUUAAGCUUUUAAUUUAUUCUUGACCUGUUCAUUUAAGUUAAAAUGUUGAACUAAUGGGAAUGUAAUCAAACUGGCAGAAGAAAAAAACGUAAACAGAAAGAUUUCCUAUGAGCAGUGGUGGAUCUGGAAUAGAAAAUUAUUUAUGUUUGAUCUUUUUGUUUUGUUGCCAGCUAGACCACUUGGGUGAUCAAAAACCUUUAUUAAUUAAACAAUAUGGACGAUAUUAACAUUAUUGAUCUCCUUAACAUUACAUUCAAUUUCCAUAAUGUUUGUUAAUAGUAUUCUAUUUCAGUUAGCUAAAUGAGCUGGGCUAUAAUGGUCAGUUCCGGUUUUUCAGUUUACUGCCAGAUAUUUUGUCUUUUUAUUUGGACCAGUGCAACGACUUCAUUUAUUCCACUAUUUCUAUAAAAUGACAAGUAAUGAUUUGGUUGUGUAUACCGUGCGUGUUAAUUUCAGAGAGGAAUAUCCAGUACCAUAUGUCCUCCUUCAAUGAAAACACAGGCCUGGGUUAUCUGAAAACACAGGCGCUAGAAUUUGUCAAGUAUCCUUCUCUUUUUAUUCUUAUGAUUUGCCUUGCUUUUUAGCACUAUUUUGUCACCAUCAGCUUUUGUAGCUUUUCAUUUAUAACUACUUCAUUUACAACUCCUUACUUUAAAGUUAUUGCUUGUUAACUAGCAGUUUAAUUUUUUUACAUAUUGCUUAUGUCUUAUAAUUCAUUUAACACAUAGUACUUUGAAAUCAAAUAUGUCAAGUAAAUUGAAAUCAUCAUGUGGAAUAAUAUAUAAUUGCCUAUAUACAGUGUAAAAAAUAAAUUUAACCAUACAUAAAUUUAUAUUUUUUCCAAAGGAAAAUAAUCUUGUUAUAUAUUCUUUCCUGGAAUCUUCUUUUAUUUCUCAAUAAUUCUGGUGGGCUUAAUAAUCAUGAGCAAAGAUCAAUUUAUUUUUAAUUCUGGUUGUAAUUGCUGUGUUAUACAUUCAUAUUAUGGUUAGCAGGGUUGACUACAACCAACCAGAAGCUUCAUUUAAUGAUAUGGUGAAAGAUAGAUUGGUCUGCAUAAUAUCUUUUAAUAACCUUGUAAAUGUUUUCAAGCAUUUAAUGCAGUUAACUCUGAUAAGACAAUGCUCUAAACAUCAUGCCUCACAUGAGGUUAUGUCAGUUGCCUUCAUAUCUGACAUAAUGAUGCUUGCUUGUUCAUUUCAAUAGAUCUCUAAAGGCUUUCUAAUAGUACGAAAUAUAGAGAAAAAAAAAAUGCUUUGUACUUUUCUAUAUGUUUAUGCUGUAACAUUUCUUUGAACUUCCUUCUAAACAAUAAUCUAAAAUGAGUCUAAUAAUGCAUAGCUCCUUUUGUUUACUUCCUAAUUUAGAAAACAAUAUGUUGCUACGGUAAAAUAUUCAAAGUAUUCAUAGAUUUAGUGUUUAUACUUUGGCAUUUUGAAUAACUUACCACAUUCAAAGUCAGUUAAUGCUUGAAAUGCUCAAAUAUUUUCUUUUUAAAAAGUAAUGCUAUUUUUAACUGUUAAACAUGACAAAAUGUGUCAUUUCUUUUCUGUAAUCUCUUGUGUUAUUGAACAGUAACUACAACCAUUAUAAAAUUCCCUUUGAUACCCUCGUGUACCUAAAAGAUACCAUAUACACUGUUUCUAAAUUAUCAUAGUCAAUUCAUUAAUUAGUCAUUACAAAAACAAACAGAUCAAAAAGUCAGUUGGUUCUUAAUUAAAGUAUCAAUAUUUUAAAAAAAUCAUUGUGUCAGGUAAUCAUUCACGUUUUUCUUAAUUCAUUGUAAUUCUGGAUCCAUUCAAAUACUUGCACUUUGCUGUUAUGUUAAGCUCAGUAGACAAAUCUUGUCUAUUGAUAUCAGAUUUUAAUGCUGCCUACUACUGAUUAUAUGUCAUCCAAAUAAAGCAUAUUAUUGCCCAUUUUAACAGACUUUUAGGUACACAGGCCCUAUUAUUGUUAAUUUAGUCAUAUUAUCCAUAAAAUUUCUUUGUCCUUUUAAUAAAGCAUACACUUGCACAUUUUGUUAGACAAUAAGGUAAAUAUGCUCUAUGUUAAUUGGCCUAAGACAAUAAGGUAAAUAUGCUCUAUGUUAAUUGGCCUAAGACAAUAAGGUAAAUAUGCUCUAUGUUAAUUGGCCUAAGACAAUAAGGUAAAUAUGCUCUAUGUUAAUUGGCCUAAGACAAUAAGGUAAAUAUGCUCUAUGUUAAUUGGCCUAAGACAAUAAGGUAAAUAUGCUCUAUGUUAAUUGGUAGGCCUACUAUUUGACUAAAGGAAUAACUCAAUUAAAUGAAAUCACUCAUUUGAGUACAUUACUGUUUAGCUUUUCAAUGACUUGCACAAAUCCAUGUCAUUAAUGUUUAGCUUUUCAAUGACUUAACAGAUCCAUGUCAUUAAUGUAUUAUUUAUUUCUGCCAUGUCCUCGCUACUUGUGUGCACACAUGCCUGCAUGGAUUGUUGCCAUCCCUCUCUGUGUGGCCUUGUCUUGUGUUUGUGUGAGUACAGAGGCAAACCUCCACUUCCACAUGUCAUCCUUCAGUGAAAACACCAUGUAUCAGAUGAUCAAACAUCGAUGCAUUGAUAUUGUGGAGUAUCCUUCUCAUACUUAGUUUUACAUGGGACGCGAAUAGCUUUCCAUUGAAAGGAUCUCUAGCAGAGGGGGUGUGGAUUUCUAAUUAGUCAUUUGUAAAAAUCGAUAAUUAAAGUUUAAUUCAUGUGAAUAAAAUUUAAUUUGUUUUUGGGGAAUAUACAGUUUGAUGGUGGCAAAAUGUUCUUUUAUUAGGGUAUAGAAUCCUUGGAAGAUAUUUGUGGACCACGUUUGUAGUUAUGCUCAUUAUCUUGAUUGAGUUCAUAUUGUAAAGCAUCUAUGCUUUAGUUAAGUUUUCUUGGACUUAAGAGUAUUUUUUAGAAAAAAUUUUAGUAAUUUUUCUCCCUCUGAUUUCUAAAAACAACAAAGUCAGAUAAGAAUGUUUAGAAAAUAGAACCAUUCAAGCUUACUUCAGAACCACUUACUUUUUAUAUCAAUGUUUUCUAUUUAACUGCUUACUUUUGUGUGUAUUGUUUGUGCUAUAUUUCUGUCAUCAGAACAGAGAAAAAAUUUAUUUAUGCAAUAUAAAUGUGUGUGGUAUGAGGCCAUGCUGUCUAAACUAUUGAAGUGCACUUGAAAUGUCAUUUGGUUAUUCUUGGGUUGCGUUUUUUAUUACACUAAAUUGUUAGGAGCAUCAAAUAUGAUUCAACUGAAACUGACCUACACUGUCUUAGAACUUCAACAACUGAGUUUGUUGUCAAAUGCUAGUCUCUUUGGAUGCUCCAUUAUUUUUGAUAUUCUAUAGUAUUGUCAGCUUACAUUUGACGUACACAAAAAAUUGGGCUACAUUAAAGUCAUAUUAACAGCUGGAAAGGAUGUGCUUAGAAUUCAAUUUUUAAUUUUAAUGGUAACAAAUGAGUCAAUUUAGAAGACUCAAAUUUAUCUUUAGCUCCCUUUUUUUGUCAUGUCUUUUUAGUUGUGGGCUUAGUAGGAUGUGUUUCCAUAGAUUAACACGUGCUAUAAUCUUAACCUGUUCAUUACUUAAACCCGACUGGAUCAACAGGCGUAGGCAGUUUAUAUGUGAUGUUGAAUAUGCUCCUCUCAAGUAGAAUGUUUUAUCAUAAUGGAUAAACUGGCAAUCCAUGAUGUUGUAGGGCGUAGCGGCUUCUUUUCUUUUUGUAGACACCAGUAGCACACCCUGUUCAGUGUUUAAAGAGGGCUCAGGUAGAUCAGGACUAACAAAAAAGUAGCAGCGCUUUUCAAGUGCCUCUUAGAACUAGAUUGAUGUGAUCAGUGUCCUGACUGAGCCUGUCUAAUAACCUAACAUGUAUUCUUCUUGCAAAGACAUGAACUUUCAGCGUGCCCCUGACACAAGCCUCUGGUUGUUGUCAGUAGAGACUGGUCCAAGGCUGAUGUUUGUUGCAACUGGGUGGGUUAAAGGUUAGCACAGUCAGGGCUGAUGAGUUGCUUACCUUAACAUGUGUGCUACUUGAAACAUCAAAUGGUAGACAUGGUCAGAGUCAAGUCAAAGCUCCAACUUAACAUAGACAUCCGAAACAUUAGGUUAUUGUUCAUAUGAUUCACUUCCUAUUAGUGUAUUUAAAGGUUAAAUAUAUGAUGAAAAGAACUAAUUUAGCAGAUAGACUCUAAAAAACCAUGUAAGUAUUUUCCCAAAAUAUGCACACAAAAAUGAUAAUUUGAUAAUUGAUUGUUCCUAUGAAUUGUCCUUAUUUUGUCCUAAGUGAUAGACAAAAUGUUAGCAGCUAAUAAAUCCCACUUUCCAGUUGUCCAUUUUUAGAUGAUUAAAGGAAUUUGUGAGACUUGAAAGGUAUCUAAAAUUGUGUGUGCUUCAGAGCACUAUAUCAUUUGAAUGUUCAAUGAUCUGAAACUAGAGUUGUUUUUAGCUGGCAUGAUUUUACUUUUAAUGCACAUUCUUUCAUAUUUAUACAUUUGUUUCUUUCUUCAAAUAUUACCUUACUCUAGACAGCACCUUAAAAGUUUCUUUGUUGUUGAUCAGCAUAAGUCCAUUUCUUUAUGUGUCCAUUUCUUUAUGUGUCCAUUUCUUUAUGUGUCCAUUUCUGUAUGUGUCCAUUUCUCCAUGAUAAGCUGAAGCAAGCAUCAUCAGUAUGUGGUGUCUUUAUUGCAGCCAUGAUCAGGCCUUGAUCAUACACUUGCACUGUGUGGCAUGUUAGCCUGACAGGCUUUGGUUGUUGUGAACUUUUCUUGAGUGUUGUCAUAGUUUCUACCCCUUGGCUUCACCAUGUGGUGGGUUUGGUGGGGGAGAAAUCUAUCCCCAGAACACUUGCAUUGAUCAGUGUAGAGCAGUCAUCUUCACACCUCCACUAAAAAUCAUCAUGUUCAAACAUGUUUUUACUAUCAUUCAUUCAUGAAUCUAUUGAUUCAUGAACCCAUUCUAAUGUAACUGAGAAAUGAAUUAUAAGAACAUUUAUAAGGUUAACUUUCAUUCGAAGAUCUGAAACUUAACCUUCUCCACAAAGUAUAUCCCAUUGGUGGAAACAUGAAAUACAGUAGAACCUCAAAUAAUGAACGCCCUAGUUAAGGAAAAAAUCUGUUAACCAACAAGGUUGGUGAACAAUUUUUAUCUCUGUUAACAGAAUGCUAAAUCUGGUUAUGAAAAUAUGCAUACUGCUGUACACACAACCCUGCUAGCUCAAUAGUGCUUUGGCACGUUUGCAGUAAACAUUGUUUGUCAUGAAUGCAGUGUUAGCAACUUGUGCACUUUUCUCUUAUUGGUUAUAUCAUUAGGGAUCGUUUUAGUGUAGAAGUAAUGAAAUAACUUCAAUUAUAACAGGAUAAUGACCAUUGUGUUUCCGAUGCCACAAAGCAAUACAAUAUGCUGAAAUCAACAAUUUGCAAUAUUCUAAAGAACAAAGAAGCAGUAAAGGCAACUAAUAUGUCCAAAGUUAUGACUGUGUUUACGAGACAAAGUUUCAAAGGGCUAGAGAUAUUUGAAAAACAGAUGUUAGUUGGGAUAAAUGAAAGCAGUUGGCGGUAGUCUGUAGAUAGUGUUCGCAAAAUAACAUUUGAUGAAAAGGCUCCAGGCAGUUGCACAGGGAUUUAUUGACCAAAACACAAGUGCCAAUGCUGACAACUUAAAAGCCAGUAGUUAAUGGUUGGAUAAAUGUUGCGGAAGAAGAGUCAAUCAUAGUGUUGUAAGACAUGGAGAGGCUGCUAGUUCAGAUAAAAUGCUCUAGUUGUCAUUAUAGAUCAACACUUCAAGAUGUCAAAAUACCAUAUUUCCUUAACUGGAACAUGAUAGUAUUUUAAUUAACGUUGAUUUUAAUGGGAAAAAUUAUUUCAAUCUGCAAUCAUUUCGGUUUAAGAACAAUGUCUCAGAAUGGAUCAAGUUCUUUAACAAGGUUCCACUGUAUAUUUAAUGCUGUCUAUGAUUAUCAUUUACCUAGGAAGUUUUGGUACUUUAAUGUAAACUGACUACUCAGGUAUUGAAACUCACAUUUUUAAGGCGUCUAACAUUGAAAUAGAUACGUUUGAAUGCAACAACGUGUAGCAUUUUAUUUUUUGAGGGACCGGGGAUAAGCAUGGCAUGACCAUUUUUCAGCUAGGAAUAUGACAGUAUCAGUAUGUUGAAAUGUAAAAAAAAAAAGAUAUGUGAGCUGGUGAGGUGCUCCACCAAUUCCAGCCCCUCACUCUCCCACAUAAGAGAACAAUUAGCCCUUAACCCAUUCAGUUACAACAAGCGUCAGAUGAGCAGAAUCUAUCCACGAGGUGGCCGUGUGGACUCCAGCAAUUUCCUGCCUCAGGUAUAAAACAACACGUCACAACAUACUCACAAAUAAAGCCAUUCUUUAACAACAAUAAAAAUUUUAAUCCAUUUUUUUCCCUUUCAAUUGACAUGUUGAACAACAUCAAUGGUAACAAAAUUGUUGCUUCAUACAUAAAUAAACAAACAUUUCAAAUAAUUUCAAUAGCAUAAAGAUUUUCAAUGUUUUCUAUGGAUAAAUCUUGAACAACACCAAGUUGUGCAUACUUUGCACUUUGACUACUUCAGCAAUGUACAAGGAAGGGCGCAGAACAGGAAUAUUAGGAACCGUAAUCAUCUAUCUUUAUUUUAGUUAGCACUACUCGACCUAAGACAAAAACCAUUAAAAUUAGACAUACCUCAAUCAAAUAAGAAAUACUACUAGAUUGAAAUGAUUGAAACAAAGACAAGAUGUGGCUGAUUAGCUAAAGCAAACACUAAAAAACUUGGGAGACCUAGCGCUAAAAUAAUUCUAUAGUAACUACAUACUGUGAAACAUCACCCAUUUAUGGAAAAGACAUAAUUUACAAGGACUUACAUCACUUUAGAUUUUCUGGAAUGCUGGUUGUCAGAUGGUAGCCUUGAACUUCCAGACUGCUGAUAUCAACAUGCAGCUCAAUCAGGGCAAGUUUGAAUACAACAGCAACUGUGGGUAAGAAGUCUUGAAUCAUUUGGCUUAAAAAACCACAUAUUGUUUUUUAUAAUUUUAAUCUAUGUUACAAUAGCUUCUUCUUCAAAUGUUCCACUUUCACAGUCUAACAGUAUGUACAUGUAAACAUGGAAAACCAAGCUUCUGGCAAUAACAAUGGCGAACACUUACGUUUUUGAACUAGUUUCUAUUAAUUGUCGUUUUUAGAUUUGUUCUGUCCACUGAGGAAGGCUCUUAAUCAAAACAUUCUUCUUUUAUUGUCCUGUCUUUCUAUCUUAAGCUUCCACAUACCUUGUUUGACUAUUUCUUUCACACAGCUUGAAUGCAGUCCUUCAUUUGUAUCCUUUAAAAAAGAAAGUGGGGGGGGGGGUGUGUUCACUCUUAUGAUCUUAAUGAGACCUUAUCUUAAGCUUCCACAUACCUUGUUUGACUAUUUCUUUCACACAGCUUGAAUGCAGUCCUUCAUUUGUAUCCUUUAAAAAAGAAAGUGGGGGGGGGGGUGUGUUCACUCUUAUGAUCCUAAUGAGACCUUCUCAUUGUUCCAAAUAGACUGGAAGAAAAUGAUUAACUUGAAUGUUUGUUGAAACCAAGUGCAAAAAAUUCAGUUUACUCUAGAAAUUAGCAAGAGAAUAUCAGCUUGAACUCAUCAUCUGCCAAUUCAUUUGGCAUGUUUGGUUUUUCUUAAACAUUCAAUUUAACGGCAACGAUUAAAAUAAUGUAAUAUAUGUAACAUACAUAUACAAAAAUUGGGAUAGUUCAUAGACAAAUCACUUAGUCUAUAAAUAGCUUGGUCCCACCCCGCUAUGGUAUUCUCAUUAAUGCCACGUUGGCAGGAAUAUACUCCUGAGAUAUGGAAAUCCUCUUGUUAACGUCUCCUCUUCUGAUAGAUAAAUGAUAACGCCAUUUUUUGUGUUUUAUCCAAUAAGGUAUUUGCUGAAACCUGACUUCAUGCGCAGACCUGAUCGGACAUUUGACCCAUUCUCAGAAAGUCCUGUGGAUGGUGUGAUUGCAGCCCAUUGCUCCGUAGAGGUAUGAUUUAACCCAAUAAAUUUACCAUCUAUUUCUGAUGGGUUUUGAUUAAUUUGUCUUGUAGAAUAAAUAUAACUUGAGAGAUCGGAAAUCACAAAUCUCUUAAACCAUUUUCAAUAUAUAUAUAUAUAUAUAUAUAUCUCUCUAUAUAUAUAUACAUAUUGUUAAUAAAAUUUAAUAAAAUAUUUUGAUUUCAUCUGCAAAUUGAAUAUUACAAUAAAUGUCAAUAGUGCAGAAACAAACUUUAAACAAUAUAUAUAAGAUAGAUAAGAUAAGAUAAGAUAAAUAUAGGUUCACCCACCAUGAUAUGGGAAAUCCAUUGGACGUCAGAGCCAGAAGCAAUCAAGUUUGCUGACAAAAAAAUGUCAAAAUACAAAGAUUGGUACCUGAAAUGUGUUGACUCUAAAUCAAAAAUGGCAAAAUGAAUACACUAUAAAAUGUCAUCUUUUUUUUUUUUUUUGCAAAUCUGGACCACCACAAAAUGAGAUGAAGUGGUGUUAGCAGAGUAACAAGAAAUGGCAAGACUUCCUAUACUCUGGGAAUGAGAGGAACCAUGUGCCUGAGAUAGGCUUACAUUGAUGAUUGAGACUUUCCUACUCUAUAUCCAAACAAGAUGUGCCAAAUCAAUGUUGUUGUUUUUAAUCUACGCAUCAGCUGAAGAUGAGGUGAAUUAACACUUAUGACCAUCUACAGGACACAAUUGAUGAGAUUUCAAGCAAAUGUCAUGCUGUGAUCAAAUUUCAACAAAUCUUCAGAGGAAGAAAACUGAGCCCGCAUUAGUUGCUAUUAGCUGUAGAUAAUUACAGGGAAAGAGGAAGCAAGGAUGUCAUUUUAAAAGGACCUUGAACAAAUUUGACAUCAGCUUUAAAAAAAAAAACCUCAAAGAGUUUCUUGACAAAGACAUACACAAUCAAUUCUUGCUCAUCUAAAUUAAUUCAGAAAUCUAUUAUUAAAUAAUAAAAUAAAAUUUUUUGUUGGAUGUACUUCCUCUGUCACUGCAUAGUGGAAUGAACAACAGCCUUCCAUUGGUAUCACUGUUUCAGUUGAUUUAUUGACACCCAUUGGUAUCACUGUUUCAGUUCAUUUAUUGACACCUAUUGGUAUCACUGUUUCAGUUCAUUUAUUGACACCCAUUGUUAUCACUGUUUCAGUUCAUUUAUUGACACCCAUUGGUAUCACUGUUUCAGUUGAUUUAUUGACACCCAUUGGUAUCACUGUUUCAGUUGAUUUAUUGACACCCAUUGGUAUCACUGUUUCAGUUGAUUUAUUGACACCCAUUUGUAUCACUGUUUCAGUUCAUUUAUUGACACCCAUUGGUAUGACUGUUUCAGUUGAUUUAUUGACACCCAUUGGUAUCACUGUUUCAGUUGAUUUAUUGACACCCAUUGGUAUCACUGUUUCAGUUGAUUUAUUGACACCCAUUGGUAUCACUGUUUCAGUUGAUUUAUUGACACCCAUUGGUAUCACUGUUUCAGUUGAUUUAUUGACACCCAUUGGUAUCACUGUUUCAGUUGAUUUAUUGACACCUAUUGGUAUCACUGUUUCAGUUGAUUUAUUGACACCCAUUGGUAUCACUGUUUCAGUUGAUUUAUUGACACCCAUUGGUAUCACUGUUUCAGUUCAUUUAUUGACACCCAUUGGUAUCACUGUUUCAGUUGAUUUAUUGACACCCAUUUGUAUCACUGUAUCAGUUGAUUUAUUGACACCCAUUGGUAUCACUGUUUCAGUUCAUUUAUUGACACCCAUUGGUAUCAUUGUUUCAGUUGAUUUAUUGACACCCAUUGGUAUCACUGUUUCAGUUGAUUUAUUGACACCCAUUGGUAUCACUGUUUCAGUUCAUUUAUUGACACCCAUUGGUAUCACUGUUUCAGUUGAUUUAUUGACACCCAUUGGUAUCACUGUUUCAGUUCAUUUAUUGACACCCAUUGGUAUCACUGUUUCAGUUCAAUUAUUGACACCCAGUGGUAUCACUGUUUCAGUUGAUUUAUUGACACCCAUUGGUAUCACUGUUUCAGUUGAUUUAUUGACACCCAUUGGUAUCACUGUUUCAGUUGAUUUAUUGACACCCAUUUGUAUCAUUGUAUCAGUUGAUUUAUUGACACCCAUUGGUAUCACUGUUUCAGUUGAUUUAUUGACACCCAUUGGUAUCAUUGUUUCAGUUGAUUUAUUGACACCCAUUGGUAUCACUGUUUCAGUUCAUUUAUUGACACCUAUUGGUAUCACUGUUUCAGUUCAUUUAUUGACACCCAUUGUUAUCACUGUUUCAGUUCAUUUAUUGACACCCAUUGGUAUGACUGUUUCAGUUGAUUUAUUGACACCCAUUGGUAUCACUGUUUCAGUUGAUUUAUUGACACCCAUUGGUAUCACUGUUUCAGUUGAUUUAUUGACACCCAUUUGUAUCACUGUUUCAGUUCAUUUAUUGACACCCAUUGGUAUGACUGUUUCAGUUGAUUUAUUGACACCCAUUGGUAUCACUGUUUCAGUUGAUUUAUUGACACCCAUUGGUAUCACUGUUUCAGUUGAUUUAUUGACACCCAUUGGUAUCACUGUUUCAGUUCAUUUAUUGACACCCAUUGGUAUCACUGUUUCAGUUGAUUUAUUGACACCCAUUGGUAUCACUGUUUCAGUUGAUUUAUUGACACCCAUUGGUAUCACUGUUUCAGUUGAUUUAUUGACACCCAUUGGUAUCACUGUUUCAGUUGAUUUAUUGACACCUAUUGGUAUCACUGUUUCAGUUGAUUUAUUGACACCCAUUGGUAUCACUGUUUCAGUUGAUUUAUUGACACCCAUUGGUAUCACUGUUUCAGUUCAUUUAUUGACACCCAUUGGUAUCACUGUUUCAGUUGAUUUAUUGACACCCAUUUGUAUCACUGUAUCAGUUGAUUUAUUGACACCCAUUGGUAUCACUGUUUCAGUUCAUUUAUUGACACCCAUUGGUAUCAUUGUUUCAGUUGAUUUAUUGACACCCAUUGGUAUCACUGUUUCAGUUGAUUUAUUGACACCCAUUGGUAUCACUGUUUCAGUUCAUUUAUUGACACCCAUUGGUAUCACUGUUUCAGUUGAUUUAUUGACACCCAUUGGUAUCACUGUUUCAGUUCAUUUAUUGACACCCAUUGGUAUCACUGUUUCAGUUCAAUUAUUGACACCCAGUGGUAUCACUGUUUCAGUUGAUUUAUUGACACCCAUUGGUAUCACUGUUUCAGUUGAUUUAUUGACACCCAUUGGUAUCACUGUUUCAGUUGAUUUAUUGACACCCAUUUGUAUCAUUGUAUCAGUUGAUUUAUUGACACCCAUUGGUAUCACUGUUUCAGUUCAUUUAUUGACACCCAUUGGUAUCAUUGUUUCAGUUGAUUUAUUGACACCCAUUGGUAUCACUGUUUCAGUUGAUUUAUUGACACCCAUUGGUAUCACUGUUUCAGUUCAUUUAUUGACACCCAUUGGUAUCACUGUUUCAGUUGAUUUAUUGACACCCAUUUGUAUCACUGUUUUAGUUCAUUUAUUGACACCCAUUGGUAUCACUGUUUCAGUUCAUUUAUUGACACCCAUUGGUAUCACUGUUUCAUUUCAUUUAUUGACACCCAUUGGUAUCACUGUUUCAGUUCAAUUAUUGACACCCAUUGGUAUCACUGUUUCAGUUGAUUUAUUGACACCCAUUGGUAUCACUGUUUCAGUUGAUUUAUUGACACCCAUUGGUAUCACUGUUUCCGUUGAUUUAUUGACACCCAUUGGUAUCACUGUUUCAGUUGAUUUAUUGACACCCAUUGGUAUCAUUGUUUCAGUUGAUUUAUUGACACCCAUUGGUAUCACUGUUUCAGUUGAUUUAUUGACACCCAUUUUAUCACUGUUUCAGUUCAUUUAUUGACACCCAUUGGUAUCACUGUUUCAGUUCAUUUAUUGACACCCAUUGGUAUCACUGUUUCAGUUCAUUUAUUGACACCCAUUGGUAUCACUGUUUUUGUGGAUGGAGGAUUCUGCCAGUUGGUCACUGAAGAAAAAUCACUUGCAUUUCUGUGUCUCUCCUUGAUUACAACUAAUUUAUUUUAUUUUUGUCUACCCUCAGGUCAUUUCUGGUCAGUUUUUAUCUGACAAGAAAGUUGGCACAUAUGUUGAAGUGGACAUGUAUGGGUUGCCCACAGACACAAUACGCAGGGAGUUUCGUACAAGGGUGGUUCCUAAUAAUGGUCUCAACCCCAUUUACAAUGAGGAACCCUUUGUGUUUAGAAAGGUAACGCUUAUUUUUAUUUUCUAACAGAGUUUCCAUGACUCAUUGGUAAUAAUUUCUUGAUGGUUGAGUUAUGGUAAAAUCAAGCCAAAAUAAUAAUUGUCAAAAUUAUUUUAACUGGUUUAUGAUUAAAAGGAUAAUAAAGGACUGCAUUCAAGCUGUGUAAAGGAAAUAGUAGAGAAAGGGGCACUGGAAGCUGAAAUAUAAAGACGGGACAAUAAAGAAAAUGUUUCAGCUAAGAGCCUUCCUCAGCGGACAGGACAAGUAGAGAAAAGAGAAAAUAGUUCACUGUCCUCUAUUAAUGAAAACUUAUCUUUUUUAGCUACUUUCUAUUUCUUUUUGUUUCUUUCUUCGCCCUUGUUCUUCUAAGGAAGGCACUUAGCUGAAACGUUCUUCUUUUAUUGCCCUGCCUAUUGCAAGCUUCCACAUGCCUUGUUGCACUGUUUUCUUUAUGAUUAAAAUUAGACACAAAUCAGUGUUGUCUGAACGUUCUAAAGGUAAAACAUAAAGUAUUUUCUAUGCAAUUGUCUAGGUGGUGUUACCAGAACUGGCAGUGUUGAGGAUAGCUGUGUUUGAAGACACUGGGAAGCUCAUUGGCCAGCGCAUCUUGCCUCUAGAUGGAUUACAAGCAGGUACUAUUUCUAAUUGAAAAAAAGCAUCAUACCACGUCAAGACUUCAUUUGUAGAGUCUAGAACUUUAUUUCUAAUAACACCUGCACAUUGUCAUUGAUGUGAUAGUAAAAGUGAAAAUGAGGGUGUGCUCAAAAGUUGAACAUGCACAUAGACAUUGCAGGGAUUUCAUCCGUUCUGUUCAAUAAGAAAUUUAAUGACCAUGAAAAAGUUUCUCCAUCUGAAUUCUCAGACGUCUAGUUAUGAGUUAUUUAUGUAGAUGGAGGUUGUUGGAGUUUGGAAACUUUGUGCCAGAUUGGUACUGGGAUCACCAUUCCAUGGAAUGAAAGGUGGAAGAAUUAAAUUUUGCUAGACUUCCUGGACAUUUGAAAAAGGAAUUAGGUGGCAUUUAUUUCAGGGGGUGCAACUUUGGUCUAAUAUUAUGAUCAGGAUAAGAAAAGAUACUCUGUGGAAUAGGAACGUAAAUCUCACCCGAACAGAAACAGAACUAACGCUAAGCUUUUGGCUGGGAAGGUCAUUUUGACCAUUUACUUUUAAAACGGAAUGUUUUCUUCUUGGAGACUUUCUUGAAAAAGAAGCAACCGUAAACAUUAAGAAAUAUAGUAAAACUUUAAUAGUGAUACAGUAGGAAUAAAAAAUGGAACUGUGCUUCAACAUGAUGCCAGGCAAUGCCUCAUGCAAGUCCAGGUAAGAGAGAUACUGUAUUUUUCAGUGUUGCCACAAUAUGGGAACUCUUAAGUGUUCCUACACAGUGGCAACACUGAAAGUUUUGAAUGUGAAGUCGGCAACGAGACAAUGAUUUUAAAACUCAAUUCUGACUUUAUUUUUAAGGAUUCCAAAAAACUAGUUUGGCAUUAACAGAAGUAUAUUGAAGUGUUUGUUCAUUCAACAAGUGUAUUUAUUUUGUGUAUUUAUUUCAAUUUUGCUAAAAUUAUUUUUGUGUUCAUUUUCCAUUUAAGCGGAGACAAAACUAAUCAGCCCACCCUUUGAUGGAUUGCCACAUUAAUUUCCAUUUAUGUGAAGGCCAAACAUAUCUGUUUAUGUUUUGAUUCAUUUCUGUCUUGUUUCAUUGAUGUGUACAACAAGUACAGUAUUUAUAAUUUCUUUGUCCAGGCUACCGCCAUAUCUCUCUGAGAACAGAAGGCAAUUUCCCAUUGUCUUUACCAACCGUCUUUUGUCGAAUCAUCCUCAAGACUUACGUCCCUGUUGAGUUUGGCGGUAAGUAUUAAAGAUCUUUUAGGUGCGGGGAAUACCAGUGACAGUCAAAACUAUUGUGCGUCACCACUUUGGGUUUGUUGAUCUCAUAAGUACUAAAGAUCUUUUAGGUGCAGGGAAUACCAGUGACAGUCAAAACUAUUGUGCCAUCACCACUUUGGGUUUGUUGAUCUCAUAAGUACUAAAGAUCUUUUAGGUGCAGGAAAUACCAGUGACAGUCAAAACUAAUGUGCCGUCACCACUUUGGGUUUGUUGAUCUCAUAAGUAUUAAAGAUCUUUUAGGUGCAGGAAAUACCAGUGACAGUCAAAACUAUUGUGCCGUCACCAUUUUGGGUUUGUUGAUCUCAUAAUUAUGCUGGUACCAGAGAUUUGUUUGAAAGGUUCUUUGAUGAUUUGUGUGACUGUCAUUUCCCUGUAGAUUUUGUUGACGCUCUGUCAGCCCCCAUCCAGGCCAUGUCCCAAGCUGAAAAGCGAGAGAAAGCCAUGAAGGACAUGGGUAUAGAUGAGAAAGAUAUUUCAGAUGUGCCGGUGGUCAGCAGACAUGCAAAGAUGAACAAGGUAUUUAUCCUGGUCGCAUGGAACAAAGCGUGUGAAAAAAAUUAAGCAAAAUCUCUCCACGCAUUAUCAAUUGUAAUAAUUGGUGGAAUAAAAUGAAUUUUUCAAUAUUUGCUAUGCUUUCACAACAAACAGGAUUAAGAUUAUCAGUAUUGUUGGCAUUCAUUGUUUUAAAAUCUAAGAAACCAUGUGAAAUUUAUGUUUAAAAAAAGAUGUAAGUUUGACUGCAUGAAUGAUUGAUUCUGAUUUUCCUUGAAUCUUAGCCCCAAAAUGGCCAGAUGUCCAACUCCCCCAAUAAUAUGUCACAGCCAUCAUCAAACUCUGGAACUGGCAAGAAAGAUGAGAGAAAAGGUAGAAAUGUCCUCAUUGCCUCUGUAAUAUUCAUCAUUGGAAUCGUGCAUGAUUAAAUUCCAGCUCACCUCUCGCAUUUGUAUUAUUUUUCUAAAGUAACAUCAAAAUAUAAUGACACCAACUUGAUCCACAGAAAAUGGAAAAAUCAAAAAAAAAUCACUUAAUUAAAGGUGUUACACUUAAACGCUUUAAUUAUUGAAAAAAAACACACCAAUUCAUUUUAAUUUUUCAUAUAUGGCAUAGUUAUAAGAAAUAUUUUUAAAUUCCAAGACAAUUUUAUAAAGCUGAACACAGUUUUAGAAUGAAACAAAAUGUUUUUUGGGGAAACCUUUAUCGCUAUAUUGAUAUAUAAUGAUUUGUAUUCAAUGACACCAUUUUAAAACUAGUUGAGAAAAGAUGUCUGUAUAUAAACAUGCCCACUAUCUCCUUUUUUAAAGGCAUCUCAAGUGCCCUCUACCUUUCAAUCACUUUUCUUAGUGCCAGAAGAAAUGAUUUUUGAAGCUAUCACAAGGGAAAAGCUCAUGUCUGAGAAGGUUUACUUCAAAUUGCUCCGCAAGCAGCCUAAAGACCUAGAGAUGUUGAAGCGUCGCCACCAGAAGGAGCGUUCCAUGAUGCAGAGAGCCCACUGCACAGUCGUGGACAAGCUGGUGGCCUCACAUGAUAAGGAGAAGUCAGCCACUGAAAAGUCUAUGGAGAAGAAACUCAAAAAGAACAAGUGAGUUAGAGAAGUUGCUCAAUUAUUAGUACAGGAAAUGUUUUAAGCAGUUACAUAUGUUUCUUAAAUGAAUUUAAUAACAUACUUUUUAGUAACACUGUGUUGGUGGAGAGCUUUUGGUUCAUAAAACUCCUCGAUUUUCUAGCAGGUUCUUUUUGUAAUACAUAACUUCUCUACAAAAAAAACACAAUUUUGUACUCUGGUGAUUCAUACCAGUGCAAUCAUUUCUUUUCAUAACCAAAAUCUUGUCAUUAGAUGGGAUCACAUUUUUAAAAGUUUUUAUGCACUUUUGCUGAGUAUUAUAUAUGCUUUCUGUUAAUAAUCUUAUCUUAGAAAUCCUAGACAAUCAAACUUAAGAUGAUGGGACAAUAAAUAGACAAAGACACAUUUUAACAUAUAUUCUCUUAAUUUUUGUACUUGAGACUGACUUUGGGUCAUUCUGUUGGCUUACUUUAUGUGGAAAAAAUGAUUGUGUCUUAUGCUUUGUGCUCAAUGCAUGUAUUAAUCAGUUAACAAAGUGUAACAAAUAUACCUUAUCUACAAAUUGGGAAGAAAACGAAUCUAAAUAUUUUUAAAAAUCUAAAGACAAUGAAUAUACUUGGUCACUCUGAAAUUUAAAAAAAAAUAUUAAAAUAUUUAGUAUGGAUACAAAAAGAAAUGAAACUGAAAGAAAGCAUUUUCUAAGACUAAGGUUUUUUCAUUUCCCCUUUCUGACAAAGAACAAAAAGGCUCGCUCACAAAAUAUUAAUUAAGAGCUUGCUGUUAGUCUUUCGACUAUUUGCUAGCAGUAUUUUCAGGAAACUAAAAAUAGAUUUGAAGCACAUAGUUUAUGUACGUGAAGAUGAUUAUUGCCUGAACCCUUAAUCCUUGAAUUCAUCAGGUAAUGUUCCACUUGCCCAAUGGGUACUUUCAGGUGCUGUGAAUCUAGAGAUGGGGGUUAUUUUCUCUUGUAUUCCUUAUCUGAAACAAAUCUCUUUGAUUAUCUAGAGACAGUAGCACAGAUCUCAAGUCCCAGUCUGAGGGUAGAGUUCUCAAUUUAGUUAGUGAUCACAAAUUAAAGGUGAGUCUUAUUUUAUAAUAGCUUUUUGAAUGGAGCUAAAUAAGUUAGGAAGACCUUUAAAUGCUAUUUGAAUGACAUGGCUAGGUGCUAGGUGGCUGAGUGGUCUAAACUGAGUAAAACUCAAGUUGAUGGCCUGAUGUUCAAUCCCCACCAAAGCCAAACUGAAUCAUCCACAUGAUGUUCCCUUGGGUUAUCCAGUGGCAUGGAGAGAGGCAAUUAGUUGUUAAUCCUUAUAAUCCUAGAAGAAUAAGAUCAGGCCUUGUGCAUUUCGUCCUGCGUAGUCUACACCAUCAUGACAUUAUGACGGACGGACAGUCCAGAUAAAUGUAGAGAUAUUGACAUCAUUACAUAUGUCAUCUGCUUUGUUUAAACCUAAUAACUGUUGAACCAAGAUUACUUAGAAUAAGGAAUUUUUUGUUUUUUCUUUCUAAAUAAGACAAUAAUCAUCCAAAUCAGGUGAAAGAACUGGUUGUCCUGCAGACAAAGGAGUGGUCUGAGAUGGUUGUCAGACAAAUGACAGAAGAGCAUGAGCUGUGGCGAGAGCAUAUCGUACAACAGAAUGAAACUCUGGCCAAACUCUUGGAGGAUGCACAGAGAGAACAGAUGGCUGAGCUUGAAGCAAAACAGGAGAGGUCAGUUGGCACCACAAACUUAACAUUAAUAAACAAAAAUUGAGCUAUACGUUACAAAGAAAUAUGUAUUUAAGUACAUAAAAUAGCAGUUGUCCUGUCUCUUUUGUUUCAGAGAAAACAAAGAACUUAAAGCCAACCAGGCCAAGCAUUCAAUGGAAUCUACCAAGACUGUCCUCAAUGACAAAAGUAUCAAAAACAAGGCAGAGAGAGAUAGGUACUGUUAUAAAAAAAUCAUGUUACUUGACACUUCAUUUAGGAAUAACUUAUCAUCAUAAAUUAAUCUCUUUCUACAAGUCACCUCAUUUACCGAGUUAUUUAAUUUUGGAUUUUAAAAAAACACUUUUUGGAUCCUCCCUAAAAUUUAGUUUCUGUUACAAUUUUACACUGAUUGUUUCAACAUUGAGCCUCUGUGCAAUCAUCCUUUGGAGGCAUUGACACAUUCAUUGCUGUCAACUAAUGUCACUGAAAUAUUUGUAGUAAUGAUGACACUUAUAUUAACAUCCAGCUUCUUAUCUUUCUUAUAAAAUGAAAUAAUACAUAAAAUGUAGUUUGCUAAUGUUCUUUCUCUUUUAAGGACUGUACACAUUUGCAAAAAGUGUUCGGAUUAAGAAAAAAAGACUGUUUUUUUAUUUUAAAUACUUAAGCACACAUUGGGCUAAUUGCCUAACCUGCUCUUUGUUCACAUCUCAACAAUGUAUCUAGUGGCCUUGGAGCACUCUGUGACAAUCUUCAUGUUGUUAUCAAAAACAUUUAUAAAACUCAUUCUAGCCUAUUGCUAAACCCAGCAGAGAGAUGCAUUUUUUUACUUCUCAUUUGAUGAGUGUUUAAUCUGGUCUAUAUCAGGCGCAUAAGAGAACUGAAUGAGAACAACACUAAGAAGUUCAUAGAAGAGAGGAAAAGGUUUGCUGUCAAACACUCCAGGCAAGUUGAGGCCCUGAAGAAAGUCCACCAUGAGCAAACUGAAAAGAUGAUUGCAGAAAACCAGAGGGUAAGA